UUUUUUUAUUUUUUUUUUUUUCCUUUGUAUUAUUUAUUUACACAAUUGCUGGUCAAUUGAUUUUUUUUCUCCUUUUAAAAUGAUGAUAACUACUUGUAUUUAUUUUAUUAUCUAUUUUGUCUGUUCUUUUGCAGUACAAGGAUUACCAAUUCAUUUUAGACCUAUUUUAUCAAGUUCAAAAGUCGUGAUUACUAGAGACACUGCACAAGCACACUAUGAAUCUAUUAUUGAUAACGUCCUUAGUCAACACAAUGAAGGCCUACUUACCGAAUUAUCAAUUGUGAUUAAAGAUCCUUUUGAUACUAUUCAUGCUCUAAGACCUCAAGCCGAGCACCUAAUUAGAUCACCAAUUGAAGGUAAAUUACAAUGUUGUAUUUUUUUGUGUAUGUGUAACCACUCAUUCUUUUUUUUUUUCUUUUUCUUUGUGUGUGCGUACGUGACUCUAUUAGAUACUUGUGUUGCACAAAUGCCAGGCAUGAUUGCUAAUCAAAUUCAUGAACUAAAUAAUGUAUUAUAUUCAAGUAUUGAUCAAAUUACUAAUAAGUUCUGGACAAAGACUGAUUUGGAAUAUCGACAAUUUAUUAUUAAUUCAAUCCACAAGAGUAAUGGAGAAGAAACUCAAGUCAUUGAUGAACUUAUUGAUUCUUUAGAAAUGGCCAAUACGGAUAUUGCUGAUGGUUUAAUAGCCAUUGUAGAUAGGUUUGAUCUACUCUCUAGAAUCAAGAAGUCACUUCAACAAUGUCAAUCUGUAUUCAAUUUAGAACAAGAUGGUCAACAAAUCAAGUCUUCUUUCACAGAUAAAGUCUUAUUGGUUCUUCUUGAAGCUUAUAAACAAACCCUGACUGAUGAUAUGAAUUCAAAUAGUGAAGAGGUUCAAGAAGAAGGAUUUUUAAACAUAUACCUCGAUGAAUUAAUCUCAAGUCUUCAAUCAGAAUUAUACAAUCGUGUAUAUGAAUUGGCAAGAGGAAUUUAUGAAGAUCUUGCUUUUAAUAAUUGAGCCCAUAUACAUACGUACAUACAUACAUACAUACACACCACCUCUAUCUUAAACAUGAUCUCUGUACAUAGUAUUUAUAUUCAUUCCUUUUUUUUGUAAAUUAUAUCUCUCCAUUCCUUUUAUACAUAAUUCGUAUCUCUUAAAAAAUAAAUCAUUUGUUACUUUUCUACUAUAUUUAAAAUUAAAUAGAGUUAUUUAAAGUACAUUGCCG